ACGGUCAUACCGUUUAGAUUUUUUUUAGGGCAAGUCGUUUUGAAGUUAUUGCUGAAUGUGUCACGAAUAUCGAAAACAAAACCAACUUAACCCCGCUAAUGGAUUGGUUAUAUUUUCUGGAGGGUGAAUACCUGUUCGUUCCAACUUUGCCUUUUUUCCUCGAAGAGUGGAUCAAAGGAGAAACUUUAAUGUGGCUUUACGCUUUUCCAUAAGAAUGGAGUUGAUGAAGGCGAACUUGAGCUGUCUGGAUAGUUUAUCCCGGGGAAACAACUGCCUCCCCGCCAGGAGCACGUCUCCCGGGGUAGCGGCCACCCUUGCCGGCGUGCUGAUCUUCACCACCGUGGCUGAUAUCGUUGGAAAUCUGCUCGUCAUCCUGUCUGUGUACAGGAACAAGAAACUCAGGAAUGCAGGUAACAUCUUUGUGGUGAGUCUUUCUGUGGCUGACCUGGUGGUGGCGCUGUACCCUUACCCCUUGGCUCUGUUCGCUAUCUUCCAUAACGGCUGGACAAUGGGCUCCCUGCACUGCCAGCUGAGCGGGUUUGUUAUGGGACUGAGUGUGAUCGGCUCGGUCUUCAACAUCACGGCUAUCGCCAUCAACCGCUACUGCUACAUCUGCCACAGUCUCCGCUACGACCGGCUGUAUUCUCGUCGGAACACCUGUCUGUACCUGAUGCUCACCUGGAUGCUAACCGCUCUGGCCACCGUGCCCAACUUCCUGGUGGGUUCCCUAAAAUACGACCCACGCAUCUUCUCCUGCACGUUCACCCAGACGGCAAGCUCUUCUUAUACCGUCUGCGUUGUUCUGAUCCACUUUCUGGUUCCUCUGGGUGUGGUUUCUUUCUGCUACCUGCGUAUAUGGACGUUGGUGAUUAGGGUCAAAGGUCGUGUGCGGCCCAAUCCGAAGGUCAGAACGGCCGACCUGAGGAAUUUCUUGACAAUGUUUGUGGUGUUCGUGCUGUUUGCCGUGUGCUGGGCGCCCCUGAACUUCAUCGGGCUCGCCGUGGCCGUAAACCCCGCAAAAGUGGCACCGAAUGUCCCGGAGUGGCUGUUUAUUACCAGCUACUUCAUGGCAUAUUUCAACAGCUGUCUGAAUGCUGUUGUCUACGGGUUGCUCAACCAGAACUUCAGGCAAGAAUACAAACAGAUUCUCCGCGCUCUCUGCACACCACGAGCACUGUUCACUGAAAGCUCCAGGUACAACACUGAAGCCAUAAAGAGUAAACAGUCGCCGGCAGGAACCAAUAACAAUGUGAAAGAGGCCAAUAUGUAUAAGGGCGGUGUAACACACACUCUUUUCUAGUACAUCGCUCCCCAUUUAACUAACAACCACAAUAUUAGGGUAUAAAGGGGUUAAAGGCACAGCGGGGUAAAACCUAUGACUUCCACUCAUUUUUCCGCAGCACUUUCCUAAACAUCCGCGGUUCACUAUGCACCAGGAAAUUUGACUGAGCCUUGAUUCAGCGAAUAAAACGUCAGCUCUGCGCUACACUGACCUAAUAUUUGACUAUUUAAAUUUUAUUUUAUUUUAUAGAGUUAUAUGACAAAUGAGAAUCAAUCAUAUUUCCAAAUAUAUUUUGGACAAUAUGUAAAAGUUUGGUAUUUAGGGUAAAAAGUGGCCCUACUGUAAAUAGCAGGCUGACUUUUUCAUUUGUUGACAUGAGAUUGUUAGAUUCAAACGGUCAGUAUCUUGUAUUACGCUGAGUGUCUACCUUAGAGAUAAUCACUGUAUGUAUAAUGAAACUAUCAUAUUAAAAAAAUGCAUUAAUCAUAUUUGAAUCCAAAUUUAAAUCUAAAAUAUAUGAAUCAUUUAUUGUUCAAUCAACUAUUGCUUUCAGAAUAGUUAUUUUUUCUGUAUUUUUA